GGGUGAUACACAAACUUCGCUCAUGCAUUUUUGGUGACAAAACUUGUUUUUCUAUUUUUUCAUGAGUUCAGAAUUCAUUAUCGUGCAUGCAGGUGCAGGAGCAUACUCAAAUAAGAAAAGAACUCAGGCCACGACCGCCAUACGCCUCGCUUGUCAGAUAGCAGUUGAGGCACUUAAAAAUGGAUGCGAUUGCAUGGAAGCAGUCGUGAAAGCUAUAAUGUCUAUGGAAGAUAAUCCACAUACCAAUUGUGGAACAGGCUCAAAUUUAAAUCAACAUGGCUAUGUUAGUUGUGACGCUGGUUUAAUGCGUUCCACGGACAACUUAUGUGCUAGUAUUGGUGAUUGCAGAGUAGCUAAAAACCCUAUACAAAUAUGUGAAAAACUCUUGCUUUCUCAGCACAAGUUGAGUCCCUUAGGGCUACAACCGCCCUGCUUUCUGGUUCAUGAUGGUGUCAAAGACUUUAUGGAACAGCAUGCUUUGCCAACAUACCCUCCAGAAAAAUUAAUAACAGAAACAUCUUUAAGGACAUACAGGCACUGGAAAGAACGCCGCGUUGAAAUUGAAAAACAUAUGUUUUCUGAUACCGUUGGUGCAAUAUGCAUUGAUAGAUAUGGAAAUAUGGCGAUCGCAUGCAGCAGUGGAGGAAACAUCUUAAAGCAUCAAGGCAGGAUUGGUCCUUCUGCUUUACCAGGUUGUGGCUUUUGGAUUGAAGGAAGCAGCGAUAAAAGCAUGUGUGCAUCUACUGUGACGGGAAGCGGAGAGCUUAUUAUACGUACUCAGUUUGCUUCCAGUGUCUGUCAAAGUCUAUUAGAUUCUUCGGAAGAAUGGUCGUCAUUAAAAGAGCUAACACGCAAUGUACAACAUCAUCACACGAAUAAGUAUGUAGCAGAUCCAAUGGUUGGGUCAAUAUUCACGAAGCUUGAACGCUUAGGAAAAGCCAAUGUGCUGGUAACGUUUGGUUAUGCACAUACAUCUCCAGGAAUGGUUUUGGGUUACAUGAAGGGAAAUUCGUCUAAAGCUACGGUUAUUACUAGUGAACUUAAUAAUUUGGAUACAGUGACUAAUGUUUUUGCCUUCAAAGCAAAUUCAGGCUAAAUUGACCGGAAAAACUGAUAUAAUUUCAGCUGAUACAUAUGUUUUGGUAAUUACGUUUACAAAAAUAAAACCCAUAUUCGAUAGUAUAUUUUUAUACUAAGUCUUUUGCAUUGGUCUGGUGUAGUUUCUUCAUAACUUACUAUUGCCUGCGUGCAGUGCCCAGCGAAGCACUGUAAGAACCACGUUCACGAAAACAGCCAAAUGACUACUGUUUCUAAGGA